AUGGCGAUAGAAAUCACCCCGAUAAAGCCCCAAGACAUCCGCUCCGCCGUCGACUGCAUACAACAAGCCUUCGACGACGACCCCUACGCCAACUGGGCCUUCGACAAGCGGCCCGGCCACUUCAACAAGGAGCGCAACUACUGGUCCCUACGCGCCAAGGUCGAAUGGGGCAUGCGCAACGCCCUUUUCUACGUCGCCAAAGACACCACCGGCUCCUCCGGCGCCGCCGCCGACCCAGACCAGGUCGUCGGUGUAUCCAUGUGGAUGAAGCCGCGGAGCUCCGAGCAGCCGCAGACCUGGGCCGAGUGGGCGGACGACUACCUCUUGUGGCUCAAACAGGGCGUGAAUUUGCUGUGGUACCGCGGCCGGGGCGGCCUGCGCACCGAUCGCUACUGGGUGUGGAAGCGCGAGCAGGCCAAGGCGCAGGCCGAGGUCUGGACCGAUCCCGCCGGCUACUAUUUCGUCAAUAUCGUGACGGUGCGGCCGGGGUGUCAGGGCAGGGGGAUCGGGAAGCGGCUGUUUGAGGUGGUCAUGGAAAAGGCGGACAUGGAGGGGCGGAAGUGCUAUUUGGAGAGUAGUAAGGAGGUGCCGAACGUGGCCAUAUAUGAACGCAUGGGCUUUGAGAUGCGGAAGAAGUUGGUGUGCCUGAGUGAGGAUGGCGAGAGCGCGAGGUGUGACUUGUUUUGUAUGGUGCGGGAGCCGCGCAGUCGGAAGUGA